AUGUAAAAUUAUUGUUCAUUAUGCGGAUUACCACAAGGAACCUUGAAAUAAGAAUUGUUCCUGUUUCCUGUGGAGAUUAAAACUCAAUACAAAAAUUGUUAUAUUGAACAAAUAGUUUUGAAAUUGAUAACUUUUCAUAUACACUAACUCAUACUCAUUGAUAAUUACAUCCUGUUUCGCAACGAAAAACACAUUUGUGAAUCCUGUUGGUAACUAAUUCAGCAAGGUUUCACUUGUAAGAAAUGUAAAGUCUACAACUUCGUAUAGAACAGUUCAAUCAAGCAAUGCAAUUUCUGUAAAUCCUGUUUCUGUCUAGACUGUGAAGCUCAACUUGAACUCUUUUCAUCCACUUAAGGCAUUUGCUACGGUUGUUAGAAAUAAGAAUUAUUCUCCUACAAAAUUGCCUAUUUUAUAAUGAUUCUCUUUGUUGGAUUGAUUGUGCCUUGCUUAGCUUUCAAUUAGUUGCUGUCCCAAUACUUUGACCCCAUUCACCAAUUCAAUUGCUGUAAGAAUAGAUUUUAUACGACUUUGUUGCUAUUCAUUUUACUUUUUCCCUUUCUAUAUCCGUAUACAAUCAUUUAAUUAAUCUGUACAGGGAUUAAAUCCAUCAUUAGAAAUUGCCGAUGA